AUGAUGUUACUCAGUCCAGUCUGUCUGAUCCUGCUGGCUUCCUCCCUACUGGUGACCACACUGUCGGAAAGACGAACAUUUUUAUCUUCUCAGUCUGCAUCUCAAUUUCUUACAAGAAAACGGAGAGCAAAUUCCUUUUUUGAAGAAGGUAAACGUGGUGACCUGGAACGGGAAUGUAUUGAGGAGCUUUGCAACAAGGAAGAAGCUCGGGAAGUAUUUGAGAAUAUCCCUGAAACAGAAUACUUUUACCCAAGAUAUUUAGCCUGCCUUGGCAGCCAUCGUAAUGGAAAUGCAAAUAGGAUUGCUUAUUCGGAUUAUGAUGGCCCAGCAGACCUAAGAUCAUGUGUAACUGCGCUUCCAGAUCAGUGCAAGCCUUUGCCCUGCCAUAAAGAAGGAUACAAGGAGUGUAUUGAUGGAAAAGGGAACUAUACCUGUGUGUGCAAACCAGGGUGGCAGGGAGUGCGCUGCGAGGAAGACAUAAAUGAAUGUGAGGAUCCAGAAAAGGAAAAUGCUGGCUGCAGCCAGAGGUGUGUGAAUUUUCCUAGUGGAUAUCGAUGUGCGUGUGAAGAUGGCUACUAUCUCCUGGCGGACAAACACACCUGUAACGACAGAAAUGAAUGUGAACUAAGCCCGGUUAUCUGUGGAGGGGCGAAAUGCCGCAAUACACCAGGGAAAUAUGAAUGUGACUGCGACUCUGGUUAUCGGUUCAACACUUCCUCCAAGAUAUGUGAAGAUGUAGAUGAAUGUGCAGAUGACAUCUGUAGUCAAAUGUGUGUUAACAUGCCUGGAAGUUACAAAUGUUACUGUGAAGGAAGGAAGAAGUUUAAGCUUUCGGAGGACAAGAAAAAUUGUGAACGUAUCCCAAUAUGUGUUCCUCUCAAUCUGGAGACAAAUUAUGAGUUGCUGUACCUGGCAGAACAAUUCACAGGAAUUCCUGUUGUCUAUCUGAGAUUCAAACUGCCGGAUGUUACAAGGUUUUCAGCAGAGUUUGAUUUUCGAACCUACGAUGGGGAGGGAGUGAUUCUGUAUGCAGAGUCAGCUGAUGCCACAUCAUGGUUUCUACUCGCUUUGCGUGAUGGAAAAAUUGAAAUUCAGUUCAAGAAUGACCUAUGGACAAAAGUUACAACUGGCGGCAAGUCAAUCAAUAAUGGAGACUGGCAUAUAGUGUCAGUGGAGGAGCUGGAAAACAGUAUAAGUGUGAAGAUUGCCAAAGAAGCUGUUAUGAACAUCAAUAAUCCCAAAUAUCUGUUUAAACCUGUGAAUGGUAUUUUGGAAACCAAAGUCUACAUAGCGGGAUUGCCACGGAAAAUAGAAAAUCUCAUUAAACCGAUUAACCCCCGACUGGAUGGCUGUAUCCGUGGAUGGAACCUGAUGAAUCAAGGGGCGUUGGGUGUAAAAGAAUUUAUUCAAGGAAAGCAGAGUAAGCAUUGUCUGGUGGAUGUGGAGGAGGGCUCCUACUACCCCGGAGGAGGACUGGCACAAUUCAAACUGAACUACAACAGCACAUCAAUUGAAGAAGAUUGGAUAGUAAAUAUUACUUUGGACAUUCGAUCAUCUACUGGCACUGGGGUGAUGUUUGCACUAGUUAAAGAAGACACUGUGCCAUUGGCAGUUGCUAUUGAGGACCAGUCAUCCGACAUUGUGCAAGACAUCAUUGUCAGUAUUGAGGGAAUCACAGUGGGCCGAUUGUCAACAAAAAGGAUAUGUACAGACAAAAACCUUUUCAUAAGCCUAACAGCUACAAAGUCGGCUCUAAGUAUCACAUCCGAUUCCUACACUGAAAUCCACUAUGCAAACAAAGAACAAAUGAAGACACAGUUGUCAGUUUUGGAUCAGGCAAUGAAAGGACAGCUGGAUACAUAUUUAGGAGGAAUUCCAGAUAUCCCACUAACCGCUACGCCUGUCUCCGCUUUCUACGUUGGUUGUAUGGAUGUGGCCUUCAAUGGAAAUCUGAUAGACCUGGAUGAAGCUGUGUUCAAACAGAACGAUAUCCGAUCACAUUCCUGUCCUUUAAUUUAA